CCCGCCUGUGUUACACAUCCCACAUUUCAUUUCUUAAUUUCCUGUAAUUUUUCACUAUUACUGUUACUAUUCCCAUGGUGAAAUAUAUUUAUAUAAAAAAAACAAAAAAUUUGAUACCAAAAUUGAAAGCCACACAGAACAAGUCAGCAAUUAUCUUCCUAUAUGUCAUCAUACUUCUUUACUUUGUUUGGCUGAUUUCCACUAUACAUUCUUGGAAUGGUGAUGAUGAUAUUCCUCAAGUGACUGUAAAUUUUAAGGAAAUGUCAUUGUUUCUUUUGAAUUCGAUGGGCAUCAUAAUUUCAUAAUCUGGUCCAAUCCAGACACAUGAUAUUUGCAGUUUUGUAGGUUUGAUGUUGUAUGAAAUGGGGAAAAAAAAUACAAGUGUCAAGUAAGAAAUGUCUAAUUAUAGAAAAAUGGUUCUUAUGGGACAUGUUCCAUGUGUAAGUAUGUGGGCUGUUUUUUUUUUUUUUUUGGUAAGGUUUUGCAUGGCUUGAUCUGAAUGGAUGGAAUUGGAUCAUGGAUGGAUGGAUGGAUGAAGAAACUGAAUUACAAGUUUUAUAUGAUGAUGGGCAUGCAGAAAAGUGAAGAGAGGGGGGAAGAUGGAGAUUUAAGAAAAAAAAAAAUCUGGAAUGAUGAAAGCAUAGCCAAUCCCAUGCGCUCAGUGGUUAUCUGCAAAACAAAACACUUUUUAAAGUGGGCACACACUCACACACAAACAACACACAAGAGAGACAGUAGAAUCUUUAUAGGAAGGAAGACUGAUGAUGAUGAUGAUGAUGAAUUGACUAGUGAGUUUAUAUAUGAACUGUGUUCUGUUUUUUGCUGUACUUUUUUUUAUUUUUUAUUUUUACCACAUGAGGAGCUUCUUCCCUUCCAUCCCUAUUGUGGUUUAUGUCAUAGGUGAGCACCUGCUUUUGUGUUCUAGGAAAAUGACCAAAUUCUAACAAACAGGGGAGAUGAUGAUGAUUGAUUGCCCUGGUUUGUUGUUCCUGGUGGUGGCUGCUUGAGUGCAUUAUGUCAUCACCUUUGAUUCUUUUCAUUUUCUUAUUUAGCAAUCUUUCAAUUUUAUCCCCUCAAAAAAUGAAAAAUUGUUAUCUUUUUUUUUUUGCUGUUCCUGACUUUCUCUGACGUCCCACCACUGUCCCCUCCACUCCCUCUUCUUGAGUUCUUUCCCUUUGCUCUCUCAUAAUAAAACAUCGAAAACCGUCACACUUCCUCCUCUCUCUCCCUCUCUCCAACCAUUCAUUUCUUUCUUUUCAACUCGUUUUCUUCAAAGUGGGGGCCUUUUGUUUUUUUUUUUUUUGCUUACUACUUGCUUGUACUAAAUAUUGCAAAAACUAAGAGAGGCGACCAUACCCUUCAUUCAUUUGUUUUGUCCUUAAAUGAUGAUGAUGUACUGAAACUGAAUAAAACUGCAUCAAUCCGUCAGAUAUCAACAUCAUUCUACUACUUGCAACUGGUUAGUUCUAUUUCUACAUGGGUUCUCUCCAGUCUCCACAAUUCUGUUAUAUGUUCAGUAGUACAUCUUUAUGCUUUCUUCUAUCAAAGAAUCUCUCUAUUUAAUUGGUGUCUGGUUUGAAGUUUGAAGAACAUCUCGUGGAUUUUUUUUAUUUUUUAUUUUGUUUGAGAGAACAUGAGAUCACCUCGGGUUUUGUGGCAAUCUUGACAACUGUUUCGCGCAAUUCGGAAUCUCGGGAUUCAUAGCAUAGAUUCAUCCACUUGGAUCUCAGAUCAUCUUAAAUCAUGGAGAUCUUCAAAUUUGAUCUAGAGAAGGAGGCCUCUUCUGAUGACAGUUCUGAUAUUAGCAGCCAAGUUGCUUCCAACAUAUCCGUCCAAGAACCAUUUCUUAAUCCUCCAAAGACUGCAGAUGUCAAACCUGCGCAAUCAUUUCCGCUUGACUUAUCACUCAGCUUCAGAUCUCAAACUGAUCAAUUCCCAAACCAGGAUUUGAACGAAUUCUCAUUAUCCAGCACCAGUCAAAUAAGCAGCAAUGAGUUAGCAAACCAAACAAAAGCUGCUAUCACCGCCACACCGCGAGUUUUUCCUUGUAAUUUUUGUCAAAGAAAAUUUUACAGCUCACAAGCUCUUGGGGGUCACCAAAAUGCACAUAAAAGGGAAAGAACUCUGGCGAAAAGGGCGUUGAGAAUGGGUAUUUUCUCAGACAGAUACGCCAGCUUAUCGUCUCUGCCGUUGCAUGGAUCCUCAUUCAGGUCACUAGCAAUUAAAGCACAUUCUUCAGUGCAUCAAAGCUUUACAACAGCUGGAGCUGGAAGGCCCCCUGAAUUUCGACCAAGCCCGCGAUUCGACCCUGGAUUCGUGGCUCAGCCAAUAUACAUGGAGGAUAAUCCCGAGCUGUUAUGGCCUGGUAGCUUCAGACAGGUAGCUGAUCCAACAAAAUCUCAUCAAAGUUUCGUACUAACUGGAGAUUUGAACCUGGAUUUUGUAGAGAUGAAAAGUACUACUACUACUACUACUACUACUACAACGCCGUCAUUGGAGGAAGAUCAACUGACACCAGAUCUUACUCUUAGGCUUUGAGAAGUUUGUUUUUUGACAGCAAAGUGCUUGAGUACUUAGCUAUUUUCAAUGAUUCUCUGUACAGUAAAGACACAUAUUGGUAUGCUGCAAUUUGUGAGGAUAAAACUUGUAGCUAAGUUUAGCUUUGUGGGCAUUGAAUGAUUCCAUGAUUUUCAGCAUAGGAGGGCUUCUGUCUUCACAUAGUUGGUCCAUGGCUGCAGGUUUUCCCAAAGGCCUGAUGAUCAUGUCUGUGUAUUAGUAUAUUUUUCUAACCUUUGCUUUAUGGUAUCCUUCCAUUGUGUUUGGUACAUCUGCGCCUACUAAUACGGAUUCGAGCUGGUUAUGCCUCACUUGGAAAGCAAAACAACUCUCUCUGUCCCAAAAUUAUUGUUCAGUUUGAGAUUUCACUUUAGUACAAUUUGAACUAGAAAUGAAAAACCAAACUUGACAAUAAUUAUGGGACGAAGGGAGUAGUAGUUAUUGUGGUGUUGUUCCAUUUGUCGAUGGUGAUCAUUUGAGUGUGUAUAGUCUAUAGUGUGUCAAUUUAAUGAAUUUUUGUGGCAUUUAAAUUGUGCAUGAUAAAGAAAUUUGUACCAUCCAAAAUGAUUUCAUCCUCUCAUGAGUACUACAGGUGGGUUGAGACAUGGGCCAAGCUCUUCAAAGUGGGCUGUUUAAAGUUUCAUAUCGUCGGUCCAAAUUUGUGGAUACCUCAUACCAUGAAGGCAUGAAACAAUUAUUAUUAAGGCUUCACAGCGUACAAAUUUGGAUCUCGUGUUAAUAUGGAAUUAAGAUGAUUUUUUCCCCCA